GAAGGUUACAAUACUGAGGCACAUAAUAAUAGAUAUAAUAAUAGAUAUUAGUAAUUGUUAGUAUAGGAGAUUCUGCCUUGCGGAUUUGUACUGAGCUGUUAUCAACCAGUCAGAUUAAACCUUUGAUUUAGCGUCACCUGUUGCUAACAUCUGCCAGAGGAAGGAUUAACUGAGGGAUGGCCAUGUCUCUCGGUGAUGAUACGCUGCUGUGUAAUUACCCAAAGUGCCGGGCAAAACUGAGCGGUUUCGCCUGGGUCACAGCCUGCUCCCAUGUUUUCUGUGAUCAGCAUGGAUCCGGUGAGUUCAGCCGCUCCCCUGCCAUCUGCCCGGCAUGCUCCUCUGCCCUGUCUGGGAAGCUGGACAUUGUGAGGUCAGAGCUGUCGCCCUCUGAGGAGUAUAAAGCCAUGGUGCUGGCAGGUCUUCGACCAGACAUAGUACUGGACAUCAGUUCUCGUGCUCUUGCCUUCUGGAGCUAUCAGGUCCAUCAGGAGCAUAUGUAUCAAGAGUACAGCCUAUCCCGUGCUGACACACAGCUGAAGCAGAUGGAGAAAGUUUUGACCCAGCAGAACCAGAGCAGAGAACUAGAACUCACUGCCAUGAGGGGGGAGAUUGCCUCACUGAAGAAAGUGAUGGAGGAGUAUAAGAGGAAGUACAGUGAGGUGUCUGAGAGGCUGAUGGAGAGGAACAGGCAGUACCAGAAGCUACAGAGCUUAUAUGACUCCCUGAGGCUGCGUAACAUGGUGGUGGGAGCCGGGGACCGAGAGAUGCCACUACAACAUGGAAAUAAAGACGUAAACCUCGCGAUGGCUCGGCAGGCGACCCCUCAGAGAAGCCCUCAAUUCCUCUCUGUUGGCGACGCUCGUUUCUUCUCCUGCCUGGAGACCGAUGGAGCCAAGACCUUCUUCCAGUUCAGCUCUCCAGCCAGGGACAAAAGCCAGCCUUUCAUCAAUAAGCACUGAAAGCAAAUCCUUACUUUUAUGCUUGCUUUCAAAUUUACGAAUAUUUUUCCUGGUGAGUUUUGACGGCUUAUACUCUUAAAUGUACUAUUAUAGUAUUUCAUGCAUUAAAUGACUAUAUUAUAGAUUUCAGGUACUUAUUUACAACAGUUAAAUUGAAGUUAUUGGUGAAACUGUAUUUCCGUCUGUAGAUCUUCUAGUUCACAUUGAUUAAGGAAAUUCUGUAUUAUAUUGAUAUUGUUUUUCUUGUUAUGCCACUGAAAAGCAGUUACUCAGACUGAUUGAUUUAUUAUUGAAGGUAUGAAACGUGAACAUGUUUACUAGUGCACCUUAAUAAACAACCGAAGCUGGUG